AUGUUCUUUAUCGCCCUCCAACAGCAACGCCGCACAAAGAACAACACCCCUUUCCGGCUUCGCAGAGAACAAAGAACCCUUCAGCGCGUACAUCGUUACUGCGACACUAACAAUGCUGCCCGAGCGUGCCAAAUUCAGCAAACGAACAACACCAUGGCAUCCGCCGAGAAGGAAAAUUGGCAGCUGUUGUUAAAGUGGGAGCGAAGUGAAGUACCGAACCCACCAGGCAUCACCGACAUUGCACUUCAUCAACUCACCCGCAGAUACUGGGAUACACUACGCAACAAAAGAGAGUACCUGGCGAUCUUGAGAGCUGUGGUCACGUCAAUGGCAUUGACGCGAUCUCAUCACACAAAGUUCCUGCGCCGCCAGCGAGAGCUCCGCAACAGCCAGAAUCAGGACUCGUUCGCGAGAUACUGCAGCAAGCAAGACCGCCUGUAUGCUAAUGUCAACAAGACCCUUCAGGAUGUGCUUGAUCAUAAAAGACAGAUGCAGGGUGAGCUUCUCGUUCUGGAGUGUGCGCAGGGCGAGUGUUUGGACCGGGUAGGGAGUCGGGAGCACACCAGAAACCUGGUCAAGAAGCAGGCACGGGAAAUUGAAGAGACGAAGUGGCUGAUGGAGGCGUUUGAGGAAGAGAAAGGAAGAUACUUGCAUUGGGACCAUGAUGCGAGUGAUAAGAAGAGGAAGGCGCAUGAGAUGGAGGAUGUGGAGACGAGGAGGCAGAAGGCUGCUAGGGUGGCGGCAGGAGGAGGGAAGGCUGAGGUUAGUGGAGGGGCUGGGAAGGGAGGGAGGACACGAGGUGGAUUGCGGAAGGUUGCUGCGACGGGAGAACAGGCGGCUGGUGAUGGAGGUGAUGAUGGGAGUGAUGAGGAGAAGAGGGACCGGAAGGCGAGACCGAAGGAUCGGGCGGAUUUGCCGCCACGUCAGAGGAAGAAGGCUGACGAGGAUGGGGACGAGGACGAGUCAGAUCCUGAGGAUGAGCUUGCAGAAGACAUCCAGGAUGCUCCUGCACCGAAUCAAGAAGGCAUCGAGCAAAACACUGGCGAUGCUGAAGCACCCGAACGCGACACCGUUACAGCACAGGGUGGAGGCACAGCAGCAGGAGCAGGCGAUCCUGACAACGGCAACAGCGAUAGCAGCGACGAUGAUGAGGGCAAAGGGGAUCCGAAUCUCACGCCUUUGGCGAGUGACGAUGAAGGUAACGACGAUGAGAAUGGAACUCAAGAUCCGAAGCCUACGCCUCCAGCCAGUGACGACGAAAGGAGCGAGAUGCCAAAGAUUACAGAAGAUGAUGUCGUACGCCGCGAAGGGGGUGGCGAGGAGGAAGAUGAACUUGACUUGAACGACAAUGAUAGUGGACUUGACGACUUCAAUGCAGAGCCUGGCGUCGAAAGAGGUGGUGAUACGAAUGCACCAGGCCAGAGCGCAUCACCGGCAAGGGCACGGGAUGAGGAGCAUGCACAGCUGAACGCCGACAGUCCCACUGGAGAUACUGAAGAUAUUGUUGAGCGCGACUUGGACGACCCUUCUGACAACCAACCACCUGGGCGUGAAGAUGCAGAGGAACCUGACACCGGAUCUGAACGUGCCGCCAGAGAGGGGGCUAUUGAUCAAUACUACAAAGACCUCAAGGAAUAUGGCGACGUCAGCGAGGCAUGCCUGCAAUAUGCUGCCAAGCAACUAGACAGACUCCGAAGCGACGAGGAGAAGGAUCCCAGGUUGUUCUUUGAGAUAAUGAAUGCCGUGGUCAGUGAGCGGGAUGUAGUGUGGGAGGAUGCACCAGAUGUGGAGGUGUUCUAUGCUGAGAUUCAGCAGAGGGGGGAGUUUAUGGCUCGCCUCGGAGAACAUGAGAACUGUCAGAGAGUGGUAAGGUAUGCUCAGAAUCAUCUCUUCGGCCAAAACGAUGUUGCAAGGCGAGUCACCGUCAUCGGACAGCUGAUCGGUCGCCACGGCCUGGGCCCUGUGUGGGACAGAAUGCCUGCUCUCGUCGAGUAUGUCAGUGGCACAAUUGAUGUUGCCGCGUCCCUCGAUGACCCAUCCAGCUUCGACUCCGAAAAGAGCGGUAUCGAAGGAUCCUGGAACGCCCUCGGCGAGAUCGGAUCCGGUGGAUUCGGCAAAGCAACUCUCUGGGUCAAGGUGGACGCCCUUGGACGCCCAGUCGACAAGACUGUCAUCAAAUCCGUGGAUCUUGGCCGCAAGGGCGGUGGCCAGUGGAACAGCUCGGAAUACUGGCGCGCUGAUGUCAACAAUCGCUUGCCAAGGGAGUAUGCGCUACCGAAGUCGGUCAACCUCUUGCCGGAGUCGUUCAACGUUGUUGAAACGAGGAGCUAUGUCGUGUACGAAGAACGCCAGAUCUACAAUAUCUAUCUGGAAUACUGCCCGCGUGGCUCAUUGGGAGAUUGGCUGAAGCGAUACCAAAAAGUCAGCACUCUCCUUGACAGUAACGGUGCUCCGGUCCAAGGCCGCAUACCGGUCCGGGUAUUGUGGUCUAUCUUCGAGGCCCUGGCAUCUGCCGUAUGCCUAAUGCACAAAGGCUACCUGCCAGGAAGCCAGGCGCCUCUUAAGGAGAACUUCACCCCAUUCGUCCAUCGAGACAUCAAACCUGACAACGUCUUCCUGGCAGAUCCCGAUGAGACGUUCUGGCCACAGAUCCCCGUUGCGAAGAUGGGAGAUUUUGGAUGUUGUGUGCUGAAAGAGGAUGUUGAAGGUGCGGUAACAAGAGGCACGGAAGGAUGGAGAGCACCCGAAAUGGAAGAGUACGCGCCUUUUGAAGGUUACGAGGACGAUUUUCCAGAAGAGUAUGAUCCGGAAGACUAUGCGAUGCGGUAUCCUCCAACGGCUAGCAGCGAUAUCUGGAGCCUUGGUAGGGUAAUGCUCUGUCUAGUGAACUUGGAAGAUCCGCUGAAGAUUCCACCCUGGCGCUUCGAUCAGAAUGAAGGUUUACCGAGACCUUAUACUGAUCCUCUCGACACUUCUUCCGGACUGCACUCUGGUUCUUACUAUGCCGAUGUGGAGGCAUACUAUCCGACAGAGAUGCGAGAGCUGGUCGAGGACUGCCUGCAGAUGGAACCGAGCGAACGGAUCAAGCCUGCUGAUCUUUGGAGUGCGGUGCACUCACAUGUUGCUGCUGGCAAAGGACUGCGAGGCAGGACUCUGCGAGAGAUGCCGAGGGGCGGUCUGGGAGAGGAACUUUUGCUUGUGGAUCAUGUUGAUUCGAAGAACUGGAUCAAGGACUCCUGA